AUGGAGAUUGCUAUGAUCCGCGCUAAUGAAGAGGAGGAUCGAGAGGCUACAAUGGCUAGAUUUUUGCUUGGCUUAAACCGGGAGAUCCAUGAUAAGGUAGAGAUGCAGCAUUAUGUGGAAUUGGAAGAUAUGGUGCAUAUGGCUAUCAAAGUGGAACAACAACUCAAGAGAGGGAAUGGGACACGUGCAGGCCAUAACUCUAGUUCUACCUCUUGGAAAUCGAGUCAUGCUAAGUCGCUGGACAAGUCACAAACGCCCAAACUCGAGCCCAAGUCCACGACCACCAGCCAUGUUCCUCAAGGUAAAACCGAAGCCUCUACCUCUAGGAAUCAUGAUAUUAAAUGUUUUAGAUGUCAAGGCAGGGGCCACAUAGCAAGUCAAUGUCCAAACAAGCAAGCCAUGGUGUUGCAAGCCAAUGGUGAAAUUGUAACCAAUGAUGAAGAUUCCGACACCGACGACAUGCCACCAUUAGAGGAUGUUUCCGAGGAGGAGUAUUUAGCCCUUGGCGCAUUGACAUUGGUGGCGAGGAGAGCAUUGAGCUUGCAAGCAAAAGGAGUUAAUGAAAUACAGCGGGAGAACAUCUUUCACACUAGGUGCUACGUUAAAGACAAGGUAUGUAGUGUGAUUAUUGAUGGUGGUAGUUGUACUAAUGUUGCAAGCGCAAUUAUGGUGGAGAAAUUGGGAUUGCCCAUGGUAAAACACCCUAGACCGUACAAGUUGCAAUGGCUAAAUGAUAGUGGUGAGAUCAGGGUGAACAAGCAAGUGUUAAUUGCAUUUCGAAUCGGUAAAUACGAAGAUGAAGUGUUGUGUGAUGUAGUACCGAUGCAAGCGGGACACUUAUUGCUAGGGCGUCCAUGGCAAUUCGAUAGGCAAGUGAAGCAUGAUGGCUUUACGAACAAGUACUCUUUUGUACUUAAUCAACGAUCAAUCACUCUUGUACCAUUGACACCGCAGCAAGUAUACGAGGAUCAAGAGUACGAGGAUGUCUUCCCCGAGGAAACACCACAUGGGUUACCUCCAAACCAAGGGAUUGAACAUCAAAUUGAUUUUGUUCCUGGUGCAACCAUUCCAAACCGACCAGCUUAUAGGAGCAAUCCCGAUGAGACAAAGGAGCUUCAACGGCAGGUAAGUGAAUUGUUGGAGAAAGGGCACGUGAGGGAGAGCAUGAGCCCAUGUGCAGUUCCGGUCUUACUUGUACCUAAGAAGGAUAGGACGUGGAGAAUGUGCGUUGAUUGUCGAGCCAUCAACAACAUAACAGUAAAGUAUCGUCAUCCUAUCCCACGCUUAGAUGAUAUGUUAGAUGAGCUGCAUGGCAGAUUUGUUGUUGUCUAUUUUGAUGACAUACUCAUUUAUAGCAAAAACAUAGACGAUCAUGUAGUAUAUUUGAAAUCCGUUUUAGAUGUUCUAAGGAAAGAAAGGUUGUUUGCUAAUUUAAAGAAGUGCACUUUUUUCACCGAUAAGCUUGUAUUUUUGGGAUUUGUUGUUAGUGCACAAGGUAUACAGGUUGAUGAAGAGAAGGUACGUGUAAUCCAAGAUUGGCCGAGUCCCACAAGUGUAGGUAAUGUUCGUAGUUUUCAUGGACUUGCUAGUUUCUACCGGCGGUUCGUGAAGGACUUCAGUAGCUUAACCGCAUCGCUUAUCGAAGCGAUCAAGAAGAACGUUGGAUUUCGGUGGGGAGAAGAACAAGAGAAGGCAUUUCAAUUAAUCAAAGAGAAGCUGACUAACGCACCUUUAUUGUCUUUGCCCAACUUUUCUAAAACGUUUGAAAUUGAAUGUGAUGCUUCAGGUAUUGGUAUAGGAGCUGUUCUUAUGCAAAAAGGACGACCAAUUGCUUACUUCAGCGAGAAACUUAGCGGGGCAGCCUUAAACUACCCAACUUAUGACAAGGAGUUGUAUGCAUUGGUUUGGGUUUUAGAGACGUUUCCAUACAUCAUUCGGUACAAGCAAGGUAAGGAGAAUGUAGUCGUCGAUGCACUUUCUCGAAGGUAUGUCUUACUCUCCACACUUGAUGCAAAAUUGCUUGGUUUUGAACACAUUAAAGAAUUAUAUGCUGAAGACCACGAAUUUUGUGAGGAAUAUCGAGCUUGUGAGAAAAUCACCUCUGGUGAUGAUUUGAGGGCAAAUCAUUUUCAAGAGGAGGGGAAUGAUGGAGAUCAAGGCACCGCUUCGAAGGAUCUCUUUCAAGUAUCAAUUGGGCCGGUUACAAGAGCACGAGCAAAAAAGUUCAAGGAUGUACUCAACGAACUCAUCCAAGAGUUAUGGGCUUAA